CAUCUCUGUUUGACGUACCCUGAGUUCCUGACGUCCGGGAUAUGUUGCCAUUGCCAAUAUUUUGAGAACUUAUCCUUUUUCGUUAUAAUUAUGUAAAGCAUUUUAUUUGAUAAAGUUUCUGCUAUUUAGUGUAUUCUUAUGCAAUAUUUUAUAUUAUUUAUUACGGAUGUCUUUUGUGAUAAAAAUAUUACGAAUGGCUGGAUGCAAAAACAAAAUAUAUAUAUAAUAAUGAAAAUUUUGUUUCCAUAACAACGAAUCGUCAAUUUUUAGACAUUAUUUCGUAAAUAUUUGGUUAUCAAUUUGCUUUAAAUAUAAUGUCUGUAGUGGAAAUUAUAGAACAUGAUGAAGUAAUUUAUAGAAUAUUAGAUAAACCUCCACCGGAACCACCAAAAACUCCUAGAUAUGAAUCCGAAUUGGAAAAAAAACUGAAAGAGUUAAAGAUACCAAAGCUUCAGAAAACAUUUGGUUACGCAGAAACGCCUCUAAAACCUCCUGAUAAUUUUUUAAAAAAGGGAGAUGGUAUAGGUCACCCAGUUAAAAAAUCUGAUCAUAAAUGUUACGUGUCUGGAAAGCUUCCACCUGUUCCCAGGCGCACUAUUUCUGGUAAAAAGGCCGAAAAACCUAAGAUUAAUUUUAAAGUUUUAAAUAUUAAAAAAGCUAUAAAAACGAAACCUAAGCCUGUGGAACCAAGAUUAGUAGACACCAGGGAUGGGCAUAUAAAAAAGAUAAAAGGGUCUGGAGAAAUUCCGGAAUACUGCUUAAGAAAAGAUUUUGGACAAAUGCCAGCAUAUUUAUUAAAAAGAAAUAGACGAAUUCAAAAGGAAAUUGACAAAAUUAAAUACGAGGACGAGCAUAAAGAAAGCUUAUGUAAACUCAUAAGUGAACAGGAGAGACAAGCAUUGCUUAAAGACUUAAAAUAUAACUGGCAGCUUUUGCAAAAAGACUUUCUUCAGCUCCCAAUGCUAACGGAUACCAUUCCAAAAAUUCUACGAAAAACAAAAAUGGAACAGGAGUUACGCCAGCUCGAAAAAGACAUAGCUUUAAUAGAAUCAAAUCCAUAUAUUUACAUUUAUGAUUGAGAUGCUUUUUAAAAACUUAAAAAAAUAAAGAACAUUCUUGAACUUGCACGUUUAAAAUAUCUUAUUUUUUGAAAAUCAUGUGCCUCAAAUAUUAUAAUUUUUUUU